AUGGAACAACAACAUCAAGAUACGAGCAACACUGAGGCAUUCUACUCUUCGACAUUUGAUCAAUUAACCUCGCCUAUACAUCGAUUUGAUUCGCAACAAACGCAGCAAUCUUCGCCAUCGACUGCGAAUAACGUCAAUGAAAUGCAGCAUCUGUUUGGCAGUGAGGCUGAUAUACAUAUGGCAGCAUUGUCCAGUCCUACCAACAGAGUGUCUCCCAUGACACCUUCCAGCAAUGCCAUCUCUAUUGCAAGCUCGCCUUCAACGACUCAAUUAAUGCAAAUGACUAAUAACCAAGCAGAUCCUACAACUGCUGUUUCCUCAACCAACAUGAGCCCAAAUCUCUUGAUGCAUCAUCACCAAGAUGCCAUUUUUGACAAUACUGUGAAUCCCGUAGAUCUGAAUCAUCAGCAAGUAACCUUAUCUUACACAGAUAACGAUCAGCAUCUGCAGCAACAGUUACAGCAGCAGAAUAUAGUUCAGGCACAGGCACAGGCUCAAGCUGCUGCCUAUCAAGCUCACAUUCAUCAGGCGCAGGUUCAUCAAUCACAGCAACAACAGCAGGUGCAUCAUCAGGUACAAGCACAAGCACAAGCACAAGCACAAGCACAAGCACAAGCACAAGCACAAGCACAAGCACAAGCACAAGCACAAGCUCAAGCACAAGCUCAAGCACAAGCACAAGCUCAAGCUCAAGCACAAGCACAAGCACAAGCUCAUGCUCAAGCUCAAGCUCAAGCACAGGCUCAAGCCCAGGCGCAAGUUCAAGCUCAUCAUCAGGCCCAAGCACAAGCACAAGCCCAAGCCCAAGCCCAAGCACAUGCUCAGGCUCAGGCUCAGGCUCAGGCUCAGGCCCAAGCGCAGGCCCAAGCACAAGCACAUGUUCAGGCACAUCAGCAGCAGCAACAACAGCAACUUCAACCAUCUCAACCACAAAUGAUAAAUGAAAUGAUGAACUCUCAAUCAAGUAUUGAACAACAUCCCGUAGUUCCCUCUCAACGCACCUUGGAACAACAAGCCCAAAAACAACAGGUACCUGUGCCACAACAGCAAAUGCAUAGAGCGAUGGACGAGGAAAACGAGCGAGUGGCAGCUGCAGCGCAACAAGUGAUGGCACAACAAAUGGCACACCAAUAUGCUAUUUUGCAACAAAACAGCACAGACAUUUUACAGCAACAUGAUAUCAUCUCUAAUCAGCAACAGCAACAACAGCAACAGCAGCAGGAAACACCUCAUGUUGUUCUGUCUCAAAUGGCGAGUCUAGCAAGUCCAUCUACUCCUACAGGCCCAUCAACACCCACGAGUCCACUGCAUCAAGUAAAGAAUGAUCAUAUCUCAUUACACAACGCUAUUGUACAGCAGCAACAUCAUCAGCAACAGCAGCAAGUCGUGUUUAUCAACGAGACUAUUCGAGGCACAAAGAGACAAGCGGAUGAUACGGUUUUGGACAAAAAGAAAUCAAGAAGACACACCGUUUCCAGCUCGUUCCCGCCUGCGUUGAAUAUCGAAACAAAGAAUCUGUCCAACAUGAUGGCUUCAGCUCCUCGUUCUGCUGCUGUCAUUGGACAACAACAGCAAUAUCAACAGCAGCAAAUGUACCAGCAACAACAACAGCAGCCUCAGCCUCAACAACAACAGUACGUUGUCAGCAGUGAUUUGAAUAGCGUUUUCAAGUCUGAGGACCGCAAAACGGUCAUUGAAUCACAAAAACAAGCACUAGGCACGAUUGCACUCCCCCCUCCACCUACGCCACAAGAGUUGGGGCUGAAGCCCAGUACAACAACCGGGAUUGCAGGCACUGCUGCGCAGGAUUACGAAAACAUGUCUCGAGAACAGCUGAUUGCUCGACUGAUUGUGCUUGAAAAUGAAAAAUUGAACACUGAAAAGAAUGAGAAAUCCAGUGUCAAAUCCAACGAAGAUGAUGAUGAGGAUGACGAGAAUAUCAGCCCCAACACGCCUACAGACCACAAAAUGCAACAGCAAUGCCAAACAAAGCAACAGCAACAGCAGCAACAAACGAGUGAUGAGGACAAAUCCACUGUCGAUGAGGAAGAGGAGGACGAAGAGACUUCAUCGCUAGCUGGAGAGCCUGCUGGAAAAUCUGUCAAAGUUCAAAUUCAGUGCAGAUGGAAAGACUGUGGCGAGAUUUUUAAUGAUCUUCAAAAGCUGAUUUCGCAUAUCAAUGACUUGCAUGUGGGUAGUGGCAAGCCUACUUACUGUUGUGAAUGGGAGGGUUGUUCUCGAAAUCAAAAGCCAUUCACAAAGCGACAUAAAAUGUACAAUCAUCUACGCACACACACUGGAGAGCGCCCCUUUGUGUGCGAUAAACCCGGCUGUGGCAAGCGAUUUUCUCGACCUGAUUCACUUACAACACACAUCAAGACGCAUUCCAACGUGAGACCCUUCAUCUGCCUGUCAAAGGGUUGUGGUAAAGCGUAUUACCACUCCAGAUCACUCAAAAAGCAUGAAAAGACACACGAAGCAAGCACAACGCCCAUGCUAUCCACACCCAAUAGUGUGAUCCAGUACACAACAUCUGCUUCUAGUGCAACUACAACCAGCAAUACGCCAUUUAGCACAACCAGUGCACCUGCCACUGGAAUGCAUCCUUCAGUACAAGUGGACUAUCUCAAUAGCCAAAUGCGUCAGCAUCAAUCUCCUAUUUCGAUACAUAGCCAAUCCCUCCCAAAUACGCCUCAUCCUACAUUGCAACAACAAAACAAUUUUGCGUUAUUACAACAACAGCAGCAACAGCAGCCAAGUUCGUCGAAAGCUUAUACCCCAAACAAUAUUACGUUGUCAUUUCCUCCAGCUGGUUUGGUUGAACAGCAACAGCAGCAAAGUACAGAGUUGAUGGCUCAACAACAUCCAAUGUUUGAUUCUGCGAAUCAGCAAUUGCAACAACAGCUUCAACAGCAACAGGGGUUUGACUUUAAGCAAGUGUAA